CUUGAAAAAGCCAAAACACUCACACUCAUAAAAAAAAGCUAUUUCUCGUGACAAAGAAACACAAACAUAACAGCCAUGGCUUCACAGUGGACAAUACCAAAACUUGUCACUUGGAGAGUCAGAGAUUGGGCUUCUUGUUUCUUGGCUUGCAAGAUUCCUCUAGACGGAGAUGAAGAUGGAGCUAAUAAUAAUGGAAACACUACGAACAACAAUAAUCUAACGUUCAAAAGGAUUAAGAGGAAGAUUAAAAGUACUAAGAAGAAGAGAUCAGAGAGGAAACUCAGCCUAAGCCCACCAGGUACACGUCAUCAUCAUCUUCAUCUAAGAAGCAGUAGCGUUUCUCCGACGACGUCGGGGUCUCAGCACCGGCGCUUGAGCUGGCCUCAGCCCCCUGUCUCAGAAGAAUCUGGAUUCAUUGUCUUCUGCUUCGAUCGCGAAGAUGGUGGUUUCGAUGUGGUUAAAGAGGGUAAACAAGAGAAGAAAGAGACGGAAUCGUCCUCGGAAAAGUCACCGAGGACGGUGAAUCGUAAGCUUAUAUAUGGAGACCAAGGAGUAGGAGGAACAGAGAAGAAUAACUCGCCGGAGACUAAAGGGACAGAACAAGAUCAGAACGAUAACACUUCAUGUCAAGGAACUAAAGAUGUCUCUAGUGAUGUUACAGAAGUAAUGCUUCGUAACAUCUUUCAACUUCAAAGUAUUUGAGAAUUUAACAUUCUUAUUUAUAUAUUGGUCUUUGACUGUCGCAGAGAACCAAAGAAGAAGAAGACAUUGAUGCCUCUGAUAAAUCUAGCGGGUCUAGUCACUCAGAUGAAGGAAGGGGAUCUUUUGCAUUUCCCAUAUUAGGAGUAGAGUGGAUGGGGAGUCCUGCUAAGAUGCCUGAAUCAGAUGACUUGUCUCCCAAGAAACAAAAGCCAGUUGCUUUAGGGUUCCAAUGUUGUAGAUUCUGAAAAAGAUAACAUCCUACAAGUUUAUCCAAUUCUUUUGUUUUACUCUGUUUCUGACUUCAGAGUAAAGAAACACUCUUAAAGGACAUAGAAUCUACAAUCUUGAUAAGACACGAAUUCAGAUGAAAUCAUCAGUAUCCUCAUGUCUUGAUGGUUACACAUAUCUAUAUAUCUGUUCUGAAAUUUGAAUGUAUGUCAAGAAAAAUUAGUGUAAAUUAGUAUCAAAACUCAAAAGAUAGAAGUGACUACAAGUAAGUAUCACAGCUU